AUGCUCUCCAAAAAAAAAAGAGAACGUCAACAAAGAUACAGGGAGCAGAACAGAGAUAAAUUGAAACAACGUGAAGCGGAAAGAAGGAGGCGUCUACAAAAUGCAGAUGUGAUUACAGAAUUAUCUACUUCUCCAAACAUCGAAUUAACAGAAAAAAAAUGUGAGCCGUCACGGGACGAAAUACCAAUGUCCAUGCUGCAACAAAGAAUCCGCGAACGUGACCCGACAUACAUGAAGGAUUCAAACAUCUUCACAAUUGUGGAGUAUUCCUACGCCUGCCCGUUCAAGUGUCGGCACAAUAACAUCCUGUGCUUCUACUGCGGAUCGAACUUCACGGACCCAGCACAACUCAGAGACCACACAGUGAACGCCCACAACCCCAAAAAGUUCAACAUGUCCGAGAGAACUAACUCCAUUAAACUGGACUUGACCAGGAUCGACUGCCGGCUCUGCCCCACCAAGAUAAACAACCUGGAUGACUUCAAGCAACACAUCACUGCCGUUCACAAGAAGAAGUACUACUCUACCAUCAGGGAUUUCAUCCUGCCCUUCCGUUUGUCCAAGGAAGACACAAAGUGCGCGCUGUGUGACCGAACUUUUCCCUAUUUCCACGCUCUGAACAGACAUAUGAACGAGCAUUUUAGUAAUUUUGUGUGCGAACAGUGCGGUUUAGGCUUCGUGGAUCGUAAUCGGUUUGUGAUGCACAGGCAGAAACAUGAGUCGGGUAGAUUUCCAUGUGAAGUGUGCGGUAAGGAGUUUAGAGUCGCAUCGUAUAAGGAUAUCCACGUGGACAGAGUCCACAAUAAACGGGGGAGGGUAUUUUGUCCGAAGUGUGACGUCAUUUUGAUGAGCUACCCGCAAAAGUUGAAGCAUCUGGUGGAGGUGCACGGGGAGACUCCGCUGUCGUUCACUUGUAAUAUUUGCAAUCAAGUGUUUGAGACUAGGCGGAAUUUCACCAUACACAAGAGGAAGGUGCAUUUGAAGGAUUUCAGAUACGAGUGUCAGUGUUGUGGCCAAAAGUUCUUCACGCGGGCAGCACUCACCAAUCAUAUGCCAGUACACACCGGCGAACGGAACUUCAAGUGUAAAUACUGCGAGAAGUCCUACCCUCGUUUGAAAACUUUGAAAGAUCAUAUCCGCAUCCAUACUAAUGACAGGCGUAAGAACUCAUACAUCCUAAAUACCGUCGACGGAGUCGACGGAGGCUCCGGCAGGCUUGUCCCCGGGUUUCUCCGGAUCCCCGAAACCCGCCCCCCACCCUUGGGGGCGGCGCCGCGGUUUUCCCCCCUGGCAAAGAGACCAAAGUACGUACUAAAUGGUGCGGAACAUUAUCAACAGCAACUGGAAGCCGGACCGAAAUUCCCAAGUGAGACGUGGACGAAUCCGGUGUCGCCCAACGCGGAUGAUCAGCCUAGAGUAACGGAAAGCCCAGACUAUGAAACGUUAGGGGCGGGUGCUCUUAAUGACUUGCUUGAAAAGGUGAGGAAGAGAAUAUAA